AUGCCGUCCAGUUUCGGUGUUGUCGAUAUUCCCAUCCUCGCCAAGCUGACAUGGGACCUUCAUAACCAAUGCCUUGUACUGAGCAAGGACGGUCCCGAUGGAUUCAAGAAGCUGGUGACUGAGCUGGGCUCACUACAAGGGACACUUCGAACCUUUGGUGGAGAUUCAGCCUCGAAUCUGUCUAUAUUCGAGAAGAUGGACGAAGACCGAAAACAGACCCUUCAGCGAUCCCUCAGUGCUUGCUUCAAAACACUCCAUGGGCUGAAGGAACUAGUUGCGCGAUUCCAAGGCCUCGGGUCAGGGGAUGGACAUAGUCUUUGGGGGAGGAUCAAAUGGGUAACCCAGCGGACUCAUGUUGAAGAUAUCAGAUCCAAGAUCAUGAUGCACAAUUGCAACCUGGGCUUGUGUAUAAGCUCUAUUGGAAAUGAUUCACUCGUUCGAAUCGAGACUUCCAUGGCAUUGGCAAUGGAGGAGGACGAAGAGAUUGUCAUUAGCACCGCACCGUCCCCAGUCCGCGAGACAGAUUCUAUCGUCUCCCCCAUGACUCCAGAUGCCGUGGAGCUACCAGCCAACGACGAAGAAUAUGCGAUACAGCAAGUGCGGAAUAAAGUCGCCGAGCUGGCCGACACUAGAAUCUCCAUUGGCAGUGCAAGCAGACUCAAACAUGCCUCCACGUCCUCCGAGUCAGCCAUCACCGGAUCCGAAGCAUCACUCAAUGGUACUUCGCCAACUUCUUGGUUAUCUUUGAAUACAUCGCCUCUCACCACGGAACAGUACAGCACUCAUUCUCGAAUGCGCAGCGAGCAACUUCUUUUUGACGGCUCCAUCGACGGGCGAGCACUGGAUGAUAAAACAUGGUCCAACGACAGGUUCCCAGCCGAGAAGCAAUUUUCAAUCCACAGCAGUGGCUACAACUGUGCUGAUGAUGACCACCCCUGUGUGAUGGAGGCGGUCACGUCUGCAAUGCAGCAUCUUCACCACGUCCGUCACCAGGAGCAGAUUUCUCGUCCGAUCCGCGUUGAGCCACAAAAUCAAUUGCAUCGACCAUCUCCUGAACUAUCGAAGCUGUUCGAGGCUUCUGUGAACUACGAGUUGCAAAUCAGAAGACUGAUCCCUCGGGAUUGGCUCCGUGUUGCUACGUGGUGGUUAUUGAAGGCGCGCGCAACUCUAGCUAAUUGCAACAGACACGUCUACUUCAGCGCCAGGGGUAGCCUGACUCCUUCCACGGAAUCAAAAUCCAAUGGCAACCAAGCUUACCUUGAUAUCCUCAAGGCUUCAUAUAUUCUCUACAACGUGGUGCUGGCAGAUGCAGUAUCACCUGCCCCGUUACUUGACGAGGACCGCAAGUCAAUUGUCGAGCUUUCCGAGGUGUGUAGUCCCAUGAAACUCGCCAAAGACCACCUGAUCACUAACUGCGAACUUGAACAGGGCCUUAACGAGGAACUAUCUCAAUAUACAUCUAUUGAUAUCCCCGAGCUCUCUACUCUGCAGGCUCAGAAUACAGAUAUUUGGGAGCCUAUGCAACCUGAGGAAACACCAGACAACGGUUUAGACCUCGAUCUCGGCCUAGAAAACCUGCGCUGGAUCGCCGUGGACCUUGAGGAUGCAGGCAGUGAGCACGAAAAGGUUCUCUUUCGUACCUUUGUCAAUGCCGGUAUAGGAAACAAGAAAUCACGCAUGCGCACAAAGGGUGCUCCCUAUAUGCUGCUCCUGGCAACGCGAGAGGGCGAAAGCGAGCCGAAAAUCGUUCUUUGCAACCAAAGUGGUACUUUGUGUCUUGAAAGAGAUUUUACAUUGGAAGACCUACCAGCCUUCAUACAAUUGGCGAACUCCGCACUGGCUGGUUUCCCGGGCUCUCGUGCCCUAGAGCCUAUACCGUUCAAGUUUGAAGAGAUGAGCGUUGCCAUCUCGUUCCAGUUUGAGGCAGACCUCAGUCAUUGUAUCAACAUCUCAAAGACCUACUUUGAUGCCGUUGCACAGCGGGAACCUGUCAACUCGGCCGAAUUUACUGAAACUGUCAUAUUCAAGAGUUCUGUGGAGGUAUUUGAACAGCUCAACACGCCGACUAUGAAAUCGAUGAACCCAACUGUCAUGCUAAACUCGUGCGAGGUUCGCAUCCUGGAGCGAUCAUAUGGGGAAGUUUGGCGGAAUACUCGUCGCAUGGUCAUCAGCUCCUCUGCAGCAGAAAAAGCACCUAAGACAAUCGAGUUCUUCAUGCCUCUCAGCGGAACCCUGAUAAAGCGUGAUGACUUGUCCCGUCAAGUUCUUCUCCAAUGGUCCGACACAUGCCAGGCACGAUCUGACAAAACCGACGGCAACUAUAACACCCUGCACUCAUAUGUGUACGACGAAUCCGCACCCAAUCUGGGCAUCGGGUUACAAUUCUCCAAACAGGAACUAGCAGAAGAGUUCGAGAGAGCCGUUCUCGAGAUGGGUUUCCGCCCUUGCUUCUCCUGGUCACAGCCCAGUAGCUCUGGUCUUGUCUAUGAUGUUGUUGAUUCAGGGAUAGAGCACAAGCAGUACAAGGCUAUUCUUGUUUUACGGAAUCGCUCAGCUUGGCAAUACUCGGAUCUCUAUUUCAUUUAUCGUGACACUGACUAUACCUAUGAUCACACCACACACAGUGUCUGCUUCCAUCAUAUCUAUAGCACAGAUUACAUCUCCACUCAUGUGGAUCAGCUCUACCAUCCCGAGGAUGCCGUCACGUUCUCCCACUGCGAAAAGAAAACCAACCAGGCUACCAUCGAGUUUGGUAAUGAGAUUACAGCCCGACCUUUUCUCAGCUCUCUCUCCCCCUUAUAUGAGAAUGUCUACUCUCGGCGUGUCCAGCAUCUUUCCACAAAAACAAGUGCAAUACUCGGUUUCCAAAAGCUGGGGAAAGGCAACGUCGAGCUUCAGUUAUGGCGCCGGGGAACAUCGUUUCAACUGGCUGCUCGGUUGGCUGGGAUCGCUUCGGACAAGUGGCUAACAAUAUCGGUUCCUUCUGAAUUGGUUGAUACUUCAAAGGAUAAGACUCGUGUGGUAUUUCCCCGGACGACAUACCUGCGUGGAACAACCCUAGACAUGAUGAACAUUAUGGCGCGAGCUCCAAAAAACCCGACUGUCAAAAACAAAGAGGCAGCUCUCUCUAUUUCUUUUUAUGGCAGCGAAGGUGAGCCAGGCUCCGAUUUUUCGAUCAAUGCAUUGUGGACAUUGCGCUAA